AUUAUUGGCGUUUAUUCCACCAUCGGGUAAUAUUGGAAUAAGUUGAUUAUUCCAGCAAUAUGACAAUUACUAUAUACGAUAAUUUUUCCAGUGUCAUUAACAUCAAUUCAUGUCAACCUUUCAGGCGUUCUCAUAUUCAUUCAACUAACGAUGUAGGAAUGACGUAAAUUGUAACCAAUACUCUGAUUGGUCGAUUUAGGUUAUUUGCAUCCGACAUAAUCCAUUGAUUUCUGUUGAGCUCAUCCUCGGGCCCAAUAUCGCGACUAUACACACAUUCCUCAUUUACUCGUCUCUGCUGCUUCAAAUCUACCGCUUGUUCGCUAAGCUAUUUCUUGUUCAUAAGUUUCAAUAAUUUAACACCAUAUUAGGAAACUAGCAGAUGGAUAUAUACGGAUGAGAUUAUAGCCUGCAGUAUCAAGGCAGAAAAAAACAAUAAACUAAUGAUUUUCUGAGCUCACCCACAAGAUACGUUUAACUGAGGGAAAACAAGAGGAUGGUUAUUCAAUAAAACACUUACAUCAACCAACAAAUUAACCACCGACGCAGACAGGAUGAUCCACAUACCAGGCUUGAUUGCCAUUAUUGUGUUCUACGUUUUGAUUCUUGGAGUUGGACUAUGGGCGGCCAGAAAAAGCAAACAGACGGGACAGGAUGCCGACAGCGAAGAUGUGAUGCUGGCUGGAAGGAAUAUCGGACUCCUUGUGGGGGUUUUCACAAUGACAGCAACGUGGGUAGGAGGCGGAUACAUCAACGGGACAUCUGAGAUGAUAUAUGGCACUGGGUUGAUAUGGUGUCAAGCUCCCUUUGGCUAUGCACUUAGUUUGGUUUUUGGUGGAAUUUUCUUCGCUAACAAGAUGCGCUCGGAGGGGUAUGUGACAAUGUUGGACCCAUUUCAAAGGAAGUAUGGGGAGCGAAUGGGAGGACUGUUGUUUCUACCAGCGUUGCUAGGAGAAACGUUCUGGUCAGCGGCCAUAUUGUCUGCUCUUGGUGCAACUUUGUCUGUAAUCUUGACCAUAGAUAACACAAUAUCAAUCAUAAUAUCAGCAUGCAUCGCGAUCGUCUACACAUUAUUUGGAGGUCUUUAUUCUGUGGCAUAUACUGAUGUCGUACAGUUGUUCUGCAUCUUUGUUGGACUGUGGCUGGCUGUACCAUUUGCGUGGACCAGUGAGUACGUUGGAGAUGUCACACCAAAUGGAAUUGCUACGGCAAUGAAUGGGACUAAUGGGACCAACUAUACCUUUGGGGGAGAGGACUGGAUCGGCACUUUGGAGACGCAAGAUAUUGGCAUCUGGAUUGACUCAGCGUUACUACUCACAUUUGGUGGUAUACCAUGGCAGGUGUACUUCCAACGUGUGUUGUCAUCUAAGACAGCAUUUCGCGCCCAGGUGUUGUCAUGGGUGGCUGCAGCUGGCUGUAUUUUAAUGGCACUUCCAGCUGUACUCAUAGGAGCAAUCGCAAAGAAUGCAGACUGGAACAAUACUCAAUAUGCACAAGAUGGGCGUCCAUUUCCAAUACCAAAAGACGAUCAGAAACUCAUCCUGCCUUUUGUGUUGCAAUACCUCUGCCCAGACGUCGUUUCGUUCAUUGGACUAGGAGCUAUUUCAGCAGCUGUAAUGUCAUCGGCAGAUUCGUCCGUGCUUUCAGCGAGUGCCAUGUUCGCUAGAAAUGUUUACAAGCUGGUGUUUAGACAAAAGGCGUCGGAAAGAGAAAUUCUAUGGGUGAUGCGUGUUGCCAUAUUUGGAGUUGGUGCUAUGGCAACGGUCAUGGGUAUCACUAUUACAUCCAUAUAUGGUCUGUGGGCAUUGUGUUCUGACUUUGUCUAUGUCAUUCUAUUCCCACAACUUAUAUGUGUAGUCUACGUUAAAUGGUCCAACACAUAUGGAAGCCUUGCUGCUUAUAUUGUAGGGCUAUUUUUCCGACUAGGAGGAGGCGAGCCGUUAAUUCGUCUCGACCCUUUCAUUUAUUACCCAUAUUGGGAUGCAGAGGAAAAAGUUCAACGGUUCCCAUUUAGGACUCUUUCUAUGAUACUUUGUUUGUUAACCUUACUGGGUGUAUCAGCUCUUAGCAAUAAAUUGUUCCUUGAUGGCAUCCUUCCCAAACACUUUGACGUCUUCCAGAAAAUCGUCAACAUUCCGGAAGAGGCAGUAGCUCUUAAGGAUGGAGACUUGAACGGAGAAAUGACUGUUCUUAAAUCUAAGAAUGCAAAUGGUAACAUCAAUCCUGCAUUGAAAUUCUCCAAAGACGACCUUUUGGAGGGUCAAGAAAUUGUUGAACCACUUAAACCAAAUUCUGAUACUGCCACAGUUGAGAAUGACUUUACGGCAAAACCAGGAGAAAACUAAAGCAAUAAUAACUGUCUUUGCUCCAGAUAAGUUCUUAUUGAGCAAUUAAAGUCCAUCAUGGUAAAUGAUAUCAUGUUAAAAUGAAGUGAUCGGGAUUUUUCCAACAUGUUUGAAUUGUUAUGUUCGCCACAUAGAUAAGCUGAUAUUCAAGUCAUUGCUUGAAAUCAACAUUUGACAAAGCUUGGCAUUCAACCGACAGAGUUACUGGAGUCAUACAAACAUAUUAGUUGAGUGGUGGGCAUUUACUGUCGAAGAGUUUAGUUCCACAAGACCUUCCUGUUUCAAUUGAAAACGGUUCUGGAAUAUUAUAUUCAACAUAAAACUUUUUGGAAUUAUCAAGACGUGGGAUAUUUAACGGAAGACAUCUUUGGUGAAAGGUUUAAUUUCACCGCAUUGGCAAAUAUCAAUACGCAGUGUAAACCGCCAUCUUGAAAAUAGUGCAACUGAUUUUGUCAUUAGCUGAGGUGAAAGCAAAGUAACAGAGAAAAGCGGUUAGAGAAACUUCAAAUGCAAAAUCAUUCCUUAUCCAGACGAGAAAUAUUGCCGAGUGAGGAGUAAGGCGACCAUGGAGGUUACGAAAUGAACUACCUGCAAUACAUGGACUAUGUCAUAUAAAGAGGGCUACUUUCAUAAAUACGAUAUCAGUACUUGGGAACAACGAAAAUGGCUUUAAAAGAUAUUUUCUUGGAAGUGCUUUUUGUCAAACGAAAAAAACAAAUGAAAAGUACAGAGUGUCCAAGAGCAACUGUAGCUUCAAUACCUGGACAGCCUGUAUAUAGCUCUACUGACGAAGAUACACUCCCCGCCAUAAGUUUGGGAACCAGAAGUCCUCGUUUUUAUCAUUAUCAAAACCUGGUUAUAUUUGGCGAUUUAAAAGAAUUGAUCUUUGUCAUCAAAUUCCGAAAUGUUGUGAUUAAGGAACACAAUUAAGAUUCAAACAUCGUCAGGCUUUAUAAAUUGCUAUACAAUGAAAAUUUCCAUCCUGUUGCCAAACUUUU